GGUACUCACCCGACUGAUGAUAUCAUCGUAAUCAGCAAGAUGCGUUUUGCAUUGCUUGCACCCAAAGAUUUUGUUGGAGGUGAGAUACACGUUGUAUGCCAGACCCAUUGUGAUCUAUCGUCAGCUUUCUUCCCACUGCCGCCCGUCGAAGGUACGUCCUGGAAUGUGAGCUCGCCAAGUCUAAGGCAGGAGCAGAUGAUAGAUGAAUGUGGCAGAGAGGAAAAGAACAAGAACAGUGGUUUUCUUCUUCUGGAAGUUCCUUCUCGCCUGAGAUUGGUUUUCCUCGAAAGGGGAGCCCGGUUUGGCUGCAAGUCCAAGCGCUGGUGGUUCCACCGGGGGGUCGAGCUGGGAGGUCAACACCAGGGGGUUCACUGGUGGGGAUUCUGAUAUUUAUGGUGGUGCUGAGACGGCAGCAGAGGAUGAUCAGGCCUAGUAUUUGGGGUGAAGUAAAUAGAAUAGUUGUACGGGGGGUAGGCUAGGGGGCAGAAGUCCGACAACCGGGGAUAAGCGGGACGUGCA